AUGGCCGAUACUAAGUCGCGCCCUUUGGCUCCCGCCCCGCCGGGUGCCAACGCCGCUCUCGAUGCCCAACAACGCAGGAAAAAUGUAGGCACCGCCUGUGCCGCCUGCAAGACUCGAAAGCUCAAGUGCACAGGUUCCGUGCCCUGUGCGAACUGCGUCAAGAGCAAAGUUGAAUGUACCCUCGACCGGAGCGCCGAUAAGCGUCGUCGCGGCGCCCUCAAACGCAAAAUCGAUCAGCUCGCCGACCAGGAGGACCUGCUCGUCCGGCUCGUCAGCGUUCUCCGCGAGAGUGGCAACCGUCGCGCCGUUCCCUUGAUCAACCUCAUCCGCAGUGACGCCUCGUUGGACGAGAUCCGCUACUACAUCAACCACCAGCUGCCUCGUUUGGACCUGGCCCAGACUCCGGAACUAGUCGAAGUAUGCCAGGAGGUGAAGCAACUCCAACCGUCUGAGGCGCGGUCCAUGCGGCGGAUUCUCGACGCCAAACGGUUAUCCGACAUCCCUCGCUUUCAGGUCCCCGCUCGACCGUGGACCACCGUCGUCUCCGAUAAUGAUUUCGUCUCCCAUCUUAUCUCGCUCUGGUUCACCUGGUCGCAUCCCUUUCGAAACUGGAUCGAUAAGGAGUUGUUUGUGCGGGACAUGCAGGCAGGAUCGCUGUCGGCUCGAUUUUGCUCACCGUUCUUGGUCAACAUAAUUCUGGCGGAUGCUUGCGCAUAUUCGGAUUACCCAGAAGCAUAUGCGAGACCGGGAGACGCGGCUUCGAAAGGAGCCCGCUUCUACGAGGAGGCCAAGCGUUUACUGGACAAGGAAGAGGGGCGGAUUACGCUUCCGACUGUCCAGGGACUAGGCGUAUUGUGGGCAUGUGCUUCGAUGACUGGGCGAGACCGACAAGGGUGGAUUCACCGCGGCCAACUUGCCUAUGCCAUCCAGGAACUCUCGCAAAAGAACUCCGUUCUAGCGUCAGAUGCCGAUGAGGAUACGCUCCGCAUGGUUCGAGUUGUCAACGGAACCGUCUGGGGUUUGUUUAAUGUGGCCACGAGUCACACCUUGGCCGACAAGAGCCGCCCCUUGAUUAAGCCGCCGCAGCGCCACAGUUUGCCCUUCGUCAGCCAUGAGGGCGACUCGGACGAAUGGCGACCGUAUCCGGACCACACCGAAGGAACGGAGGGGCAUUCGGUCUGUCUGUUCAGCGCGCUUUGUGGCUUGAGUCUGAUUGCGUACGAUGUAGCGACCUUCUUCCACCGAGAGGCGCCAUCGCGCCCACGGGCGGAGACAGAAACGAAAGUGGCCGAUCUUCAUGAGCGUCUUCGCGUCUGCUCCGAUCGAUGGCCCACGUGCUUGAAGACUAAACUUGAGGCUCCACAUAUCCUCUGUCUACAUAACCGGAAUAGUAUGUAUCACCAUGCGAUCAUUAUGAGAAUCUACGAGCCCCUGAAGGAAUAUUCCACCUUGCCCGCCCCAACGAUCUCGCCUGCGCGCGCCCGUGAGAUGUGUUUUUCGUCGGCACGUAAUAUUGCCCACCUGAUGCGGAUCCACCGUUCUUGCUGGGGUCUCGACCGCAUGCCCGUCAGCAACAUCCAGUGUAUCACCGAGGCCUUGUUCACAUUACUAGAUGACUUGGAGGAGCCCAACAACCGUGAGGCAUUUAUCACCCUCAGUAUCGCGGCCAAGGCAUUUUCGCGACGAUGGGAUUCGAGCCGGACCGUCUUGGGCACGCUCCGCACGACCGCACAGACGAAGAGGCUGGCACUGCCCAGUGAAACAGACUCGCUGUUUACCACCCUGGUCGCACCGCCAACAUUUGGCGUGCGCGACAGUGUUGACCUCCUGGAUGACAGUGAGGAGGCGUAG